UCCCCCCUCAAACACCACACCACCCGCGCGCCGCGCCAUGGUCGCGCCCUUCCCCUCCUAGCACCGCCUCUCCCCAUGACAAGGACCACGGCGAUGGCGCCCACCGUCGCCGCCGCCGGCCUCACCUGGUCCUUGUCGUCGUUGCUGCUGAUCAUGCUCGUCGGCGGGGCGUCCGGGAUCCGGGUCGACGUCAUCCGGCUGCCGUCGGCGUCGCCGUUCCCGGCGUUCCGGGAGGCGCCGGCGUUCAGGAACGGCGAGGAGUGCCCGGCGAGGGGGUCGCCCGAGGGGCGGGUGGACAUCGCCAUGACGCUCGACGCCAACUACCUGAGGGGGACCAUGGCCGCCGUCCUGUCCAUCCUGCAGCACACGGCGUGCCCGGAGAGCGUCGCGUUCCACUUCCUCGCCGCGCGGCCCGACCGCCCGGAGCUCGUCGCCGCCAUCCGCGCAACCUUCCCGUACCUCGAGCCCGUCAGCUUCUACCGCUUCGACCCGUCCCGCGUCCGCGGCCGCAUCUCGCGGUCGGUGCGCCACGCGCUCGACCAGCCGCUAAACUACGCGCGGAUCUACCUCGCCGACACGCUCCCCGCCGAUGUGCGCCGCGUCCUCUACCUCGACUCCGACGUCGUGGUCGUCGACGACGUCCGGAAGCUCUGGUCGGUGGACCUCGGCGGCCACGUCGUGGCGGCGCCGGAGUACUGCCACGCCAACUUCACCAAGUACUUCACCGACGCCUUCUGGUCGGACGCCGACCUCCGGUCGACGUUCGCCGGGCGGCGCCCGUGCUACUUCAACACCGGCGUGAUGGUGAUGGACGUGGACAGGUGGCGCCGCGGCGGGUACACGCGGCGCGUCGAGGAGUGGAUGGCGGUGCAGAAGCAGAAGCGGAUCUACCACCUCGGCUCGCUGCCGCCGUUCCUGCUGGUGCUCGCCGGCGACAUCAAGCCGGUGGACCACCGGUGGAACCAGCACGGGCUCGGCGGCGACAACAUGGAGGGCAGGUGCAGGAGCCUCCACCCGGGCCCGAUCAGCCUCCUCCACUGGAGCGGCAAGGGGAAGCCAUGGCUGCGACUCGACUCGCGGAAGCCCUGCACCGUCGACUACCUCUGGGCGCCAUACGACCUCUACAAGCCAGCCGCCACCGCGCUCGAGGAGUGACCACGCCGCCGGCGAGCCGAGCCACGCCGCCGCCGGUGCACGGUGUUCGAGGGAUAGGAGGAAGAGAUCAAUCCAUGAAGAGAUGUACGUAUUACGUGCAUGCAUGCAUGUAACACAAAAGGCAAAAAAAAAAAUUAAUUGCAUGCUAAGGGAUUACAAUUCUCUGCUAUCAUGGUAAUAUUGUUAUAGUCGCUGAUACGUGGAUCUCAUUUUUUUUUCUUCCGUAUCAGAGGACGUGAAUCCAUUCAUAUAUGCAUCUUUUCUCCUCUGGUUUUGGGUUCUUUGAAAAAUUUUUGGCCUUGGAUUGGAUUUGAUUCAGCGUGAUGUACAAUGUAUAGGAUAUUGUCGGUUGCAGGUUGGGAUGGGUGUAUGAUGUGUAAAGAAGUAUACAGAUUAGGGUGGUGAAAUGGGUGGGUACACUUUACAGAUGUGUAUGUACAUGCACAUAUAUGUAUGUAGACAUGCUUUGAUGUUGAUAUAUCACACGAGAAAACACACACAUUCAGGGGGACAAAGAAAGAGCGAUCCAUAGCUUAAUUUAUUAUCCGUUCAUCUGUUUUUUAUU